AACAUUACAAAUUAUUGCAUUACAAUGUAAUGUAACUAUAUAAUGUCACCAUUUCAUUGAAAAAGCAAGUACAUUGUGUCACUCCUCUUCAACGCCAAGGUGAAGUAAAUCUAAAUGCAUUUUUUUUUAUCAACUUCACUAUUGAACACAAAGGUUUGCCUUCUACACCCCAGUUAUAUGAACUAGGGUGUGUUUAGUAAAUACAUGACUAUCAUUUUAUAACAAUAUUAGUGGUUGUUAAAAAUAAUUGUUAAUAUCAAAUAACUUCCAGAUGAACGACAUUUAUUUUGAUAGGUUGUAUCUGGAAAUGUUAGCGGAAAUACAGGGUAUUUCCUGGAACUGAAAUUUGGCAGAUAUUUGUUAUGAUGUAGCUAGCUGAUGCAGAUAGUCCACGAACAACCAAUGUAAAGAUGAAACAGUCAACCACAUUGAUAAGUCGAACUGUCGUUUUGCCGAUUUCCACUAACGUUACUAUUUGGCGCAAUGCUGAGCACUCGAGAAAUGUUGAUAUGUUUAUGUUACAUGUAACCACAUUGCUAGCUCGCUGGUCGUAGCCAGCUAGCUAGCUUGAACUGGCUGUGUGGUGCCGCGUAGCCUAACGUUAGUGAUUUUGUUUUAACUCUGUUACCUUUUUUUGUGAACUUGUGAACCAUGGAUGGAAUGCUUUACAAGUGGACUAACUAUAUGACUGGAUGGCAGCCACGCUGGUUUGUUUUGGACAACGGAAUCAUUUCUUAUUAUGACUCCCAAGAUGAUGUUGGGAAGGGGAGCAAAGGAAGUAUAAUGAUGACUGUCUGUGAAAUCAAAGUUCAUUCAACUGACAAUACCCGACUGGAGCUGAUCAUACCAGGAGAGCAACAUUUUUAUGUAAAAGCUGUGAAUGCGGCCGAGAGACAGAAGUGGUUGGUUGCCCUCGGAAGUUCUAAAGCCGGUCUCAUCGAUACCAGAACCAAAAAAGGGAAAGAACUGACAGAGACCACAGACUCUUUGAAAACCAAGAUGUCGGAACUGCGACUCUACUGUGACCUACUGAUGCAGCAGGUCCACACCAUCCAGGAGUCAGUGGUUCAAGAAGACCAAACAAGGUCCGACACUGAGAGUAUGGAUGAAGCCUCGUCGUUACUGAGCGCAACAUGCAACACCUUUAUAAAGACACUGGAGGACUGCAUGAAGAUUGCCAACUCCAAGUUCAAUACUGACCUGCUGACCCCUCCUGACCGUCUGAUGUCUCCUGUCUCUUCAUCCGCCAUACAGAUGGCCCGGAUGAAGCGGUCCAUUAGUCAUCCGGGGACCUACAGUUUCGACAGGUCAAGCCAUUUGCCAAAGGACGGGCUCCCGCCGCUGCCACUCCCGCCGUCGCAGAGGUCGUCUCAGAGACGCACGCGCACGUGUUCAGACACGGACACACUCAGCGACAGCUGCACAGAGGAGACAGACAGAACGUUGCCAUAUUCCAAAGCCACUGUCAACGGAGACUCCGCUCCCAGCAUUCCUGAAGAAACGGGCAUAAAUGCCAACAGGAACGAGAGGUCUGCUUCAGACAUGGACACUCCAGAGUCGGACCUUUCGCUCUGAAAACAGGCAUUCUUUUUUUGCUUUAUUUUCAAAAUUCCUUUGUCUUUUAAAAUCUUUUACUUUAAUAGAUACUGCUAUGCAGUCUCAACUUGCAUUGCAUUACUGGUAUUGUAGGAAAUAUACUAUAGUAUUAUUUCCUUUGCAAGCAUUUAUUUGCACUUUAAAAAGAUGGAGAUGAAUGUUUGUAUUGGUAAAGGUAUUUUUAAAUGUCGUCAAUGCCAGGUCAUGAGACGUCUUGACUGAUACAGAGAUGUGGUAGCGACUCAUCAGUGUGUUUUGCAGACGUUCAUCUGCAGGUUCAGUGGCAGCCUAUUCAAAUGAAAACCUACAGAGAACUUUUAGUUAGUGUGGAGUCGAGAGGGAGUCGAGUCCAUGUUCCAUGGCAAGUCAAACAGCCACUGCGAUACUAUUUAUCAAAUUACAACCACUUUUACAGAAGGAGGGUGUCAAAAUGUUUGCCUAAAUUAUAGAGCAAGUUUAGGGGUCUCAUAAAGCUACUUAGAAAAUCUGUGUCUACAUCAUGUAGCUUAUGGUGACAGAUAUGUAUUUUGUGUACAAGCUUCUGCCAGAUUUUACACUAUUUCUGGGAUAUGUGUCAGAUACAGCCCCUUUAAAAAUAGAAAAGGGGUUUCCAUGGAGGGUUUUCCCCCCAAAAGAUCCCACUUGUAUUUGUUCUCUUACUUUAUAACAAUCUUUUGUGCAGUUGCAAGGCUAUAGGUGGUAUACAUUUGUCUGUAAGCUCCAGAAUGAAAAGGUCAAAUUGAUUAGACUGGGUUAGUUACUGUACUACUGUAUCUGAAAAAAAUCCCUGUGAAUGGUACUAUGGUACUAUGUACCAAACCGACCAGAACCACUGUAGACAGAGUACAUAUCUGUCCCCAUAAGCAAAAUAAUAGGUAUACAAAAUUUCUACGUAGCCUUUUUGAAUCCCUUGUAAAUUUGACACCUCUGUAAAAGUGGCUGUAACUUGAUAAAUAAUGACCCCAUUGCUGUAAUAUUUGGGCUUUCAUAUUCAUUUAUUUUCCACCAGAAAAAAAAAAUGAAAUAAUUGAGGUGGGGAAGUUUAAAAAAAAAAAACGAAAAAAAAAAAAACUGGUUGCAUUGACAUGGAAUAGCUCUGUGCCAAUGAGUAAUGUGGAUGUGAAAGCAGUUAUCUUCUAUGUAAGAAAAAACACAGGCAAAUACUUGGCAUGGACCAGUGUUAACAGUGUUAACAUUUUCUGAAAAUAAGUGAGUCACUUUAUUUAUUUUUAUGUUUUCUAAAGAUGUUCUGAAGAAUGUGCACUGCUCACAUUAUGUCCGUCCCCUAACUGCUCUGCCUUAACCUCGGAUCUUCGCAUGGAAGGAUGUCUCUGACUAUUGAUGUCUCUGACUAUUGACAAGUACUGAUUUGUGAGAAGUUAACAUGUACAAUAAAUAUAUGGAAUAAGGAAAUAUUUA